AUGGCUACAAUGGCGAAACCUCGUGCCGAAAUGACUCAAGAGGAGUUGGCGGCAAAGGAGCAGGAAGAGUUCAAUGUUGGGCCUCUGUCCAUUCUCAAUAACUCUGUGAAAAAUAACGCCCAGGUCCUCAUCAAUUGUAGAAACAAUAAGAAACUUCUCGGCAGAGUCAAGGCUUUUGACAGGUUUGUUCGGAUUUUGUGA